CUAAAAAUAGGAAGGACACAAAAAAUUUGCUUGUCACUGUGCUCACAAUUUGUAUGGAUGAAUUAUCUAAAUACUAUACAGCAAGCUGAAAAAGUCAGUUUAAUGAUCGACUUGAUCUUGAUCUUCUUCAGAGAGAAAGCAUAAAUUUUUUAUUCAGUUAUCCAGCUUCACAAUGGUUCCUGAUAUAGAGCUUGUUCAUCUUACGGAUGAAGAAUUCUUGAUUCACAGAGCAAAAGAGUUCCAAGCUUCAGAUCAAAGUGCUUCUAAAGCUUGGUUGAUCACGGCCCAGGUUCUUUAUCCAAGCACAUUCAAAAUCCAGUUUGAGGUUUACCUUAUUGAAAAAGCUGCCAAAAAUGUCAGUGGAGCAGCAAGAUGUCUCAGUUCACUAAUUCAGGACUUCCCACAAGAAUCACUCUUAUUCCUGGAAAUUGAUGCAAUAAUGCUUGCUGUUCAAGCAAGCAACAGCUUUUCUAAUGACAAUGAACUGGAUUUUAUGCCUCCCGCUGAUAUUGGAAGCCCAUCAAUACCUGGGCCUGAUGUUUCUCCAGCAGAUGAAAAAACACAUUUCCACACCCAGAUUUUCUAUGCACUUCCCAAGCAUAUUCAGCGAGGCCUUGUGCUGAAUGCCGCUGAGCGUUGCACUGAUACUAUGAGUCACUGCUCUCUUCUGCUAUUGCUCACUUCUCAUUUUCCUGAAACAACACAUCUUCAAGCUCCCAACCUUGUUGAGACUCUACUGUCUGCUGAGAAAAUGUGUCCCAGCCCUCUGAACCCAUACCGGAAGAAACUUGUAUGCUCGGUCCUACCUGUGCUGGUGGGGGGUGAAGCGAGUGGAGUGCAGGUGUCUUUCCAGCUUCUACUUCACCUUCUGUGUUUAGCUCUUGAGUACUACACUGCACUUCUGUACUCCAGCCCUGUGCGCUUGCUGGCUGCUCCCAAAAGCUCAGGCUCAGUGAGCACCGGCUGUGGCAGUGAGAACAGCAGCCCAGGAUGCGCACAACUGUGGAGUCAAGUCUUCUUGUGCAUCCGACAACUUGGUGCAAGAUUUGACUGGGUCUUGGCCAAACACUUUACUCCUGAUGCCAACAGAGAGGGGAUUUUACAACACGUUCAGGCUGUAAUGAAGACCAUUUCAACUGGGCCUCCUCUGGAUAAUGAGAAGAGUAGGAUGGAGCUUCUGUAUGUCAUUACAAUCUUAUUUCUUCAUGCUCUUCAUGAGUACACUACCAACAUCAAACAAGAGGCACAAAUGAGCUCAAGCGUGGGGCUGACGCUGGUCGAGGCAUUCACGGCGUCGGCAGCUAACAGUCGCAGCAGCUCCGUGUGCAGUGACGACUUGGAUGUCCUGUCGCCACCACGACCUAAACGGCAUAGAACCUCACAGGACAUUGACACUCUGGUGCCCCACAUCAGCGUUGGGCAGGGCGAGGGUGUAUGCAGUGGAGGUCUGCCCCAGGCCUUGACCACGGCCAUCAAGUGCUGGGACUUGCUGCACUCGCACUCCAAGCUCAGAUCUGAGUUCACGGCGCUACUGGAGCGUCUGAAGGUGGGGUCGCCGUUGCGGGCGUUCAGGGUGGACAUGUUGCUGCACGACUUCCGUCUCACCGAAGCCAACAGAGAAGUGCGAGCCAUGCUCGCCGCGUCCAGCCUCGACGUCGACUCGCCCGCCUCACCCAAACCUGCCGUCCCUUUCUCGCCCCUCGAACUCCGGCUUAAACUUGCUUCUAUCAAUUACGCACUAAAUAAUUUCUCGGGUGCCACUGAAGCUGCCCUGGAGGCGAUCCGACUCCUGCCCCCUCCCUCAGCCACCGCCCCAACACUCCCCGGCUCCUCUGCUGCGCUUCUGCCUCCUGCUCACUCCACCACAGCCUCCUCCUCCUCUUCCAGUAUCACCAUCACUGCCGGGUCAGAGCGACACCUGCAUCUGUUACCGCUGUCGCGAGCGCACUGCCUGCAGUUCAUUGUUACCUUGUUAAUAAAUGCGCUUAAAACACGAGUUUUCCAGCACAAAUUCCAUGACGAUCUCAGCAUUGGCCACCUUCUCACUCUCGUUCAGUUUGAGUGGCCAAAGCACGAGCUGGUCUUCAUGGAGCUGGUAGGCCUGCUGAUCAAACAAGGGAGCCUGAACUACGAGCAGUUCUCUUUGUACGUCACCACGCCCGAGAUUAUCGAGGAGCUCGUCUACCUCCACACCCGCGACGGCGGUGGGCUUCAUCUCGACAUCGUACCUCCUCCACCUCACAUCAGCAAAAUGCAGCGCACGGUGUCGACGCGAGGUGCAGACCGAGGCUCCAAACACGACUUCAAACAGGCCAUGCGGAAGCAAAUGCAGCGAUGCGAUGAAUCAGUUGCGCAAAAUAUUAUUACUUUUCUUGAAAAUGAGGGUCAAAGCUUGCAUCAAAAUUUUAUGUAAAGUUCGAAAAAUAUUGUGAAAAAACUACUGAAAAUUUAAAUAUGCAGGCUAGAUCUAGAAUUCGUUUUGCAUUUCGUGGUGAUGUAUUUGGAUCAUUCCAUCUAUCUGUUGGGAAAAUUAGUAGCAGAUCGCUUUUACUCUAAUUCAACGACUCUUAACUUGUAGGAGAUAUUUCUUUCCAAAUCAAUGGAUGAAAAGACUGAGUAAAGUUUACCAAAGUUUGGGAGCGUUUGAUCUUCCUACUGGCACUGUAUGAUGCUACAAUAAAAUUAUUACGCCGUCUACCGCGAAC